AUGAACUCCAGAGUACCUGGAUAUGGUGAAGAGGGGAAGUUUAGUGGAUACCUGAAACCCAUGGUAUUUUCAAUUUAUGAAGGCCAAGAACCGAAUCAAUUUAUCUUCCAGUUUAAAUCCAGACCUCCUGCUGUGAAUUUCAGACUAACUGGGGACAUAGAUGGAAUCUUUAAGAUAGAACCGGAUGGGUUUCUGUAUUAUACCAAAGCCCUGGACAGAGAAACAAGAGCUGUUCACCAUCUCCAGGUUGCAAGUCUGGAUGCCCAGGGAGUUACAGUGGAGGGCCCAGUCUCUAUCACCAUAGAAGUGAAGGACAUCAAUGACAACCGACCUGUGUUUCUCAAGUCAAAGUAUGAAGUCUCCGUGAGGCAGAAUUCUCGUCCAGGGAAGCCCUUCUUGUACGUCAAUGCUACAGACUUGGAUGAUCCUGCCACCCCCAAUGGCCAGCUUGUUUAUCAGAUUCUCAUCCAGCUUCCCCAGGUCAACAAAGUCAUGUACUUUCAGAUCAACAACAAAACAGGGGCAAUCUCACUUACCCCAGAAGGAUCUCAGGAGUUGGAUCCUGUUAAGAACCCUUCCUACAAUCUUCUCAUCUCAGUGAUGGAUAUGGAAGGCCAGAGUGAGAAUUCCUUCAGUGAUACCACAUCUGUGGAUAUUUUGGUGAAGGAGAAUAUUUGGAAAACACCAGAACCUGUGAAAAUUGAAGAAAACUCAACUGAGCCUCACCCCAUCAAAAUCACUCAGGUGCGGUGGAAUGAACCAGGUGCCCAAUAUUCCUUAGUUCAAUUGGAGAAGCUGCCAAGGUUCCCAUUUUCAAUUGACCAUGAAGGAGAUAUUUAUGUGACUCAGCCCUUGGACAGAGAAGAAAAGGAUUCAUAUGUUUUUAAUGCAGUUGCAAAAGAUGAGCAUGGAAACCGCCUUGCAUCGCCACUGAAAAUUUCUGUUGAAGUUAUAGACAUUAAUGAUAAUCCACCUACAUGCACAUCUCUAAAGACUGUAUUUGAGGUCCAGGAAAAUGAAAAAAUAGGUAGCUCUAUUGGGACUUUUAUUGCCCAUGAUAUGGAUAAAGAAAACACCGCCAGCAGUCUUUUACGGUACACAAUUGUGGACCAAAUACCCAAGAGUCCCAAAGAUGGACUCUUCCUUGUCCAGACCUAUACUGGAGUGUUCCAGUUAGCUCAGCAAUCCUUGAAGAAACAAGAUGCUCCUCAGUACAACAUCACAGUAGAGGUGUCCGACAAAGAUUUCAAGACCCUCUGUCUUGUGCAAAUCAAUGUUAUUGAUAUCAAUGAUCAGAUCCCCAUCUUUGAAAAAUCAAAUUAUGGAAACCUGACUCUUGCUGAAGACACAGUUGUUGGGUCCACUAUCUUGACCAUCCAGGCCACUGAUAAUGAUGAGCCAUUUACUGGGAGUUCUAAAAUCUUAUAUCGUAUUAUCGAGGGGGACAUUGAGGGGCAACUGGAGAUUGACACAGAUCCCUUAACCAAUGCUGGAUAUGUCAAGAUUAAAAAGCCUCUGGAUUUUGAAACGAUACCUAUUUUCAACAUUAUGGUCAAGGCAGAAAAUCCUGAGCCUCUGGUGUCUACCUCAAAGUACAAUUCAAGUUCUUUAGCCACAUUCAAGCUUAUGGUGACAGAUGUAAAUGAGCCACCCAUAUUCUCCCAACAAGUAUUCCAAGCAAAAAUCCAAGAGAAUGCAACAAUAGGCACUAAAUUGGGCAAUGUGACUGCCAAAGAUCCGGAAGGUCUGGGGAUAAGGUAUUCCCUGAGAAAUGACUGGAGAGGUUGGCUCAGAAUUGACCCUGUUACUGGUGAGAUCUUCAGUGUGGCAAAACUUGACAGGGAAACUGAAAAUGUGUAUAGGGUUCAAGUCGUGGCCAGUGAAAUAGGUGGUUCCUCCUUACAAUCCAUGGCAAAUUUCCACCUGACUCUCACAGAUGUGAAUGACAAUGCCCCAAGGCUCGUCAAGGAAUACAUAGGCUUGUUCAUCUGUCAUCCCCUCCACGCACUUGGAAGUUUUGUUUUAGAAGCCACUGAUGCUGAUCAGCAGUCAUUUCGAGGCCCACAAUUUGGAUUUUCCCUUGGCAGCGACAGCCUACAAAAGGACUGGGACAUUUCCAAAAUCAAUGGUACUCACUUCAGACUCUCCACCAGGCACACAAACUUUGAAGAGAGAGUUUAUGAAGUCUCAAUGCGCAUUAAUGAUGGGGGUAAGCCACUCAUGGAAAGGCAGAUCUCUUUACCAAUUACUUUCUGCAAAUGUGUAGAUGGAAGUUGUUUCCGGCCAGCAGAUCAUCAGAGUGGGAUGCCAACUGUGGGUAUGGCAGUUGGUAUUAUCCUGACCACCUUGUUGGUCAUUGGUAUUAUUUUGGCAGUUGUAUUUAUUCGUUUGAAGAAUAAAGACAAAGUUACUGAGAUUGCUCAGCCAUCUGAAGUCAGAGCUUUAAACAAAUGA